AUGGCACAGUCCCGUGACCAUGAAAACCCCUCGUCACCGAGAUCUUCAACCGGCGGUGCAGAAUCGUUUAAAGGAACCCCAGAUACAAGGCUAACGGCAUUCUCUCCCGACGGCGGUUCCGCCAAAACAUCCAAAAUCCUCCAGGGACUUGCCCAUUCGCCUUCUGCUACGCCACCUGCUGGCUUCUCCGUCAGCAACUUCCGCAGUGGAGCUGCCCAUCUGGACCCCUUCAUCACCCCCUCGCACCAACCUGGAACCAGACUCUCGCCAACGGCAUCGACCUUCAGUCCUUUUCCAAGCACAGGCAAAGUACCCUCGUCAAACGACAGUGAGCCAGUCGCCGCCGCUUUGAGCAAUGAUUUGGGCCUCUCACGUCAUCUCGACGUCUCGUCUCCUGCCUCCCUUUCUGUAUCCGAAGUGAAUAACUGGCUAAGUGCAAGUCUCUCCACCCGGAUCGAUCAUGGGGUGCCACGGACAGCGGCUAACUUGAUAUUUGUGCCCCUUCAGGAGGUGGAAGGACCCGGAGAACCUCCCUACGGAACUCGGAUCUUCGACGCACUCCAUGGACACGUGCACAUCUACUUCACUGACAUACGAGAUGCUUGUGCAACCUAUUCCAAAAUCCGCCUAGCCGAGAAGGGCUGGAAGGUUGAAUAUGCAGAUUCCUCUCGAGUGUCGGAACCAGACGUCGUGGCGGGCACCGAAACCGUCAUCACACAAGCAGGCCAAAUUAUCCUUCUCGCCGCUGUACCCCAAGGUGUUUCUAUGGAUGCCCUUCAAGCCAUGCAGACUGUGCAGCGGCUCUUGGCAUCGUAUGGUCGUCUGUUUGCGUUCAUCAAGCGCUCAACUUUCCCCAACGGAUCGUUCAGAGCCAUAGUCGAGUUUUGCGAUGUAUCGUGCAUCAUUCUGGCAGUAUCGAACUGCAAUAAUCUCUUCACCCCAGAGGGCAUCCAUAUCAUUGUCUCAACGCACGGUCCCGAUAUCGCGGCCAUGUCCACUCUGGCCGAUGCGGUUCAGACACUCUCUCUUGGUAAAGCUGGCGACGGCAACGAUCAACACCUUGCUUCGGUCAGUGCGCCGGCCACUAUCCGACCACUCGCAGCGCCUGAUAUUCGUGCCCAUUCCCAGUUCGCCAUGUACCCCUUGGUCUUUCAAUCACCUUUUGCCACUGGGAUGCCAUACACACUGGACUCUUUUCUUUCCGCAAACACGCACACCCAUGGCCAAAUCACACCCGUACCACAAAUUUCCCCAUCGUACCCGGUCAUCGGGCCAUUGUUUCACUCCCCGCCUUCACCGGCACUUACCGCACAUCAUGGCUAUAGUCCUUCGAGGCAGUUGGCUGGCUUUGGCAAGCCCGAUACUCGAAGACAGAAUGCGAUGCGAAUCAGCAGGUCCUCCUACCACAAUGUGGCCAGUCAUCACAACCACGUCGAUAUAAAUCGGAUCCGGGAUGGCAUUGACGUUCGCACAACAGUAUGUACAUGCAUCCCUGGUAAUGUGUAUCAUCUAAUCAGGAAGAUAAUGCUUCGAAACAUUCCCAACAAAGUCGAUCAAGCGAUGCUCAAGCGAAUAAUUGACGAGUCAAGUUGGGGAAAGUACGAUUUCAUGUAUCUGCGCAUUGAUUUCGCCAACGACUGCAAUGUCGGCUAUGCUUUUAUCAACUUUGUCGACCCACUGGAUAUCAUCGACUUUGUUGAAGCGCGCGGAAAUCAGCGCUGGAAUUGCUUCAAAAGCGACAAGGUGGCUGAGAUUUCAUACGCCACCAUACAAGGCAAAGACUGCCUAGUACAGAAGUUUCGAAAUAGCUCUGUCAUGCUGGAAGCACCGCACUACCGACCUAAGGUGCGUGUGCCCGUCCCCGUCCCCGUCUUGCAGUCUUGGCAGGGAAGAGGAGCUAAGAGAGCGUUGGCACAGCUGUACUUCACCUCCAAUGGCCCCAUGCCUCAACUCGCAGGGCAAGAAGAACCGUUUCCCGAACCAGACAACCAGUCAAAGAUGAAAAGAAGCUGCGAGAAUGCAGAGCACGUCGGGCUAUUCACACCAAAUGCAGGGCAGCACUUCCGCGACGAGCAACGGCGUAGACGUUCGCAGUAUGACCGAGGUACUCGCCUUGCCGCGUUGGAGGAGUACGACUAUGAGACGGCGAUUCAACAACACCUCUAUGGGCCGGCGGCGCAGCAAUGA